CAACAACUCGUCCAGGAUCUUGCCAGUCACUGCCAAUUGUUGGAUGUAUGUCAUCUGUACCCAAGCUCGGAGGGGAACAGAAGCUGCAAUGCAAGCCCCUCUUCUCUCUUUCUCUCUCUGUUUUUUUCCCCCUCCUCCGGUCUUCCCCUCCUGAUGCCUUUCGCUCACCGCUUACCACCGGUCCUGCCAAUCCUACUGUUGAGAUGAUGAUCCUGACCCUGAUCCUGAUCCUGACGAUGAAGGAUGUCGUGUCUGAUUGCUUACUUCCCGACUGGACUGCGCACCACUAACAUCGCACCUGCAGGGUCCCUCUCUAUGCUGAAGCGGAGAAGUCUAACCCCCCAACAAUCCUCCCAGCUCACCGAUGCUGAUAGCCUAUCUGACCUACCUAAUCCGAGUGAGCUACUGCCAGCUCCUAGUCGGCUUUAGCUGUCUCACCAUCUUCCCGACCGGCCAAUAAAUCCCGACAG